AUGCCCUCAACCACCACUAUCACUACCACCACAUCGCCAUUCAUAACAGCAAAAGCCCUCAUGUCUGCCUCCACUCAUGAAAUAGCCAUGCUGCACGACAUCCACACGCUCCUCAACAAAAUCUUCACGCGCAACCGAAACCAGCACCAACGCAGCACGUGGUGGAAAGGCCUUCACGGUUUCCGCAAGCAAAUCGGCCUCCUGCUCCAAGAACUCCUGCACGGUCCUCUGAAGGAGAGGGCGGGCAAAGUUGAGGCGAGAUUGAGGUUUUGGGACCGCGGGGUUGUGCACGUGUGGUACUACCAGUUUAGUCAGCUUGUUGCUGUGGGCCCUUUCGCCAUGCUGGGUCUUGUCAUGAUGGCGAGUGUGGCUCGCGUAUGCAGAAUCACUGGUAUAACGGCUGUAUACGAGGAAAUUGCUUCCCGUGAUAUCAAAGGCGUUUUGAGCGCGAGUGACGAAUUGGCUUUGGCGGAUGAGUUUAGUACAGUGUUGGAUGAAGGUGAGGGGUGGGAUGAGGGGGUUGUUGUCGCUCGUGAAGAGGAUGAGUAA